AUGCUGGCCGUGGCUCGGCGAGCGCUGCUGGGCGGCGGUGCUCUGGGUGUUGCGGCGCUGAGCAGCGGCGUGGCGCGUGCUGAGGUGGACGAGCGCCGUGGCGAGGCAGGAGCAUUUGCAACCGCUGGUGGAGGCGGCACCAGCAGCAGCAGCAGUAGCAGCAGUAGCAGCAGCAGCAGCAGCAGCAGCAGCAGCAGCAGCAGCAGCAGCAGCAGCAGCAGCAGCAGCAGCAGCAGCACUGCUGCCACGGAGCGCCCCUUCUCGAGCCCUCUUUACUAUGAGAAGCGUAAGGGCACGUUUGUGUGCGCAGGCUGCAGCAGCCCGCUGUUUCCUUCUUCAACCAAGUACGAGUCAGGGACCGGGUGGCCCAGCUUUUACAAGCCAGUGGACGGCGCCCUUGAGGAGACGCUUGACUUCUCCAUUUUCUUCAUGCCGCGCACAGAGUACCGCUGCGCCAAGUGCAAGGGCCACGUGGGCCACGUCUUCGACGACGGGCCGGCCCCCACCGGCAAGCGCUACUGCUGCAACGGACUGGCAAUGAAGUUCGUCCCGGCCCAAGACGCCUGA